CGCCUCCAAUGUCCCUGUUCCUUGUCCAGUAUUAUUAUUACCACUGAACGCUGCAUGCCGAGUCGUUCCAAGGAAAGGAAGGCGUGCAUUCCAGCACAGUUCGCCGACCUGUUUCAGCAGUCACUACUACUGUUGUCGACUGCUGCUCUGGCUCUUCCUCUUGCUCUUCCUCUUGCUCUUGCUCUUGCCUGUCUCUCGUCGACUCGCUUGGUCUUCGCAAGGCCUGGAGCGAGAACGUUGCUUGUCCGCCCGCCACACUCACGACGCCAGAAUCAGAUAGAGACAACAUGUUGUUCAGGAGCACACUUCUCGCGCUGUGCGCACUUGCAUUUACCCACGCCGUUCCGAGCCUGUACAGUCGUGCGGGUCCUUCCGGAUUUGCUUGGGGCAACGAUAAGGUCAGAGGGGUGAACAUAGGAGGAUGGCUGGUCCUGGAACCUUGGAUAACGCCGUCUAUCUUCGAAGCCGUGGAUCCGGAACGGAAGACCAUCAUCGAUGAAUUCACAUUGUGCCAGAAAUUGGGUGCUCAGCGAGCUCGUGACACCAUCCUCCAAAAGCAUUGGGAAACAUGGGUAGGGUGGGGAGACUUCAAAAAGAUCGCAAAUGCCGGAUUCAAUAUGGUGCGCAUCCCGAUUGGAUUUUGGGCAUACGACAAUUCCAACACUCCGUACGCGAAAGGCGCAGCACCAUUUCUCGAUGCAGCAAUUGAUUGGGCGAGAUCUGUGGGAUUGAAGGUCAUGAUCGAUCUUCACGGUGCACCGGGCUCCCAGAACUGCUUCGACAAUUCUGGACAGAAGUGCGAGCACCCUCAAUGGACGACUGGAAACACAGUCCAAGCCACUUUGAAUGUUCUUAAGCAGAUACAGACCAAGUAUGGCGAUGCUAAGUACGACGACGUUAUUGCCGGUAUUCAACUCCUGAACGAGCCGCUCACACCCGUCCUCAACUUGGAUACUGUUAAGAAAUUUACUCGAGAUGGAUACGGACAGCAGCGAACAUCAUCUCCAUCGCGAGUCGUUGUCUUCCACGAUGGCUUCCAAAAGACGAGUGUAUACAACGGCAUGCUCACGCCAUCAGACAACAAUGCUCAAAACGUUGUCAUCGACCACCACGAGUAUCAAGUCUUCGAUCUUGGCCUGAUUCAAAUGAAGCCAGACGAGCACAGAAGAUUUGUCUGCCAGAAUGCGAAUGCUUACAAUGGCGCUGACAAGUGGACCAUCGUUGGCGAAUGGAGCGGCGCCAUGACCGAUUGCGCCAAAUACCUCAAUGGCUAUGGCGUGGGCGCUCGUUAUGAUGGCUCGUUCCCAGGCAGCAAGUGGGUGGGUUCAUGCGCGGGCACUCAAAACAUUGCUUCGUGGAGCCAGCAGUUCAAAGACGAUACCAGAGGUUACAUUGAGGCCCAAAUGGAAGCUUUCGAGCGUUACUCCCAGGGCUGGAUUUGGUGGAAUUUCAAGACGGAAAAUUCAGGUGCGCCUGAAUGGGAUGUCUUCGCUCUCCUCGAUGCUGGAAUCUUCCCACAGCCACUCACGGACCGCAAGUUUGGCCAAAUUUGCACAUAGUGCGACUAGGUCGAAGGUAUCGGAGACGUAUUGUAUGGGCAAUGCAGUAUACCGCUCCCCUCAUUCAACUACUCGAUCGCUACGACAUAAUGAUCUCGGGAGCAUAAUGGAAACAGGAGCAUCUGCAAAAGAAGGAUCAAAAGCAAAGCAAGCGACCAGCUAAGCAACAGGCUCACUGCACCGCAUUGUGGGACGGACAUGUGAUGGACGGUAAACAGUAAAAAGGCGAUUGGCAUCGCACCUACUACAGAUACCCGGCCUCGCCAUCAGAGGCUCAUGAUUUCUUCUUGCUCUCAUUUUGGUGGUUGUACAAGCAAGUCCACUUACCACGCAACAUAGCACAAUCUCGUAGUCUACAAGGAAAAGAGAAAUAUCGUACAG